AUGAAGACAGCGCUGUGCUCGGCAGUUGCUGCUCUGUGUGCAGCCGCCCUCCUCUCCUCCAUCGAGGCUGAAGUUAAUCCCCCGUCAGACUUGAAUUUUACAAUCAUAGAUGAGCACAAUGUUCAAAUGUCAUGGAAAAGGCCACCAGAUGCCAUAGUGGGUUACAGGAUAACUAUGGUUCCAACAAAUGAUGGACCUACUAAAGAAUUUACUCUUUCACCUAGCACUACCCAGACUGUCUUAUCAGAUCUUACACCUGAUAUAGAGUAUGUUGUAUCAAUAACUUCAUAUAAUGAAAGAGAGGAGAGUCUACCUGUUUUUGGCCAGCUGACAAUUCAGACAGGUGGUCCAGGGGUACCAGAAGAAAAGAAGAUUGAGGCUCAGUUACAAAGAUGCUCCAUAAGUGCAAUGACAGAUUUAGUCUUCCUGGUGGAUGGUUCAUGGAGCGUAGGGAGAAGUAACUUUGGCUAUAUUCUGGACUUCAUGGUUGCCCUUGUAUCAGCUUUUGACAUUGGGGAAGAGAAGACAAGAGUUGGAGUUGUUCAGUACAGCUCAGACACAAGAACAGAGUUCAAUCUAAAUGAGUAUUUCAGAAGAAGUGAUCUGAUUGAUGCCAUUAAAAGGAUACCUUACAAAGGUGGCAACACGAUGACAGGGGAGGCUAUUGAUUACUUGGUUCAAAACACCUUCACUGAGGCUGCUGGAGCAAGAAAAGGCUUUCCCAAAGUUGCAAUUGUCAUUACGGACGGAAAAGCUCAGGAUGAAGUCGAAAUUCCUGCAAGAGAGCUUCGCAACAUAGGAGUUGAAGUUUUUUCCUUGGGAAUCAAAGCAGCAGAUGCAAAGGAACUCAAGCUGAUUGCAUCUCAGCCUUCCCUGAAGCAUGUGUUCAAUGUGGCUAAUUUUGAUGGCAUUGUGGAUAUACAGAAUGAAAUCAUCUUGCAGGUGUGCUCUGGUGUUGAUGAACAGCUAGGUGAACUGGUUAGUGGAGAAGAAGUGGUGGAGCCUCCUUCCAAUCUAGUGGCCACUCAGAUUUCCUCCAAAUCUGUUAGGAUCACUUGGGAUCCAUCCCCCAGCCAAAUAACUGGCUACAGGCUGCAGUUCAUUCCAAUGAUAGCUGGUGGAAAACAACAUGUCCUGAGUGUGGGUCCUCAGACUACUGCUCUGAAUGUCAAAGAUCUCUCUCCAGACACAGAGUAUCAAAUCAAUGUCUAUGCAAUGAAAGGACUGACCCCCAGUGAGCCUAUAACCAUCAUGGAAAAAACACAACAAGUGAAAGUGCAAGUGGAGUGCUCCCGUGGCGUGGAUGUAAAAGCUGAUGUUGUGUUUCUAGUGGAUGGUUCCUACAGCAUUGGCAUUGCCAAUUUCGUGAAAGUCAGAGCCUUUCUGGAAGUGUUAGUGAAAAGCUUUGAGAUAUCACCUCGGAAAGUCCAGAUAAGUCUUGUCCAGUACAGCAGAGAUCCCCACAUGGAGUUUUCCCUGAACAGAUACAACAGAGUGGAAGACAUAAUUCAGGCUAUUAACACCUUCCCCUACAGAGGUGGAUCUACCAACACAGGCAAAGCCAUGACCUACGUGAGGGAGAAAGUCUUUGUUACCAGCAAAGGAUCAAGACCAAACGUGCCCAGAGUCAUGAUUCUCAUCACUGAUGGGAAAUCAUCAGAUGCUUUUAAAGAGCCUGCAAUCAAGCUGAGGGAUGCAGAUGUGGAAAUAUUUGCAGUGGGCGUGAAGGAUGCGGUGCGGACGGAGCUGGAAGCCAUCGCGACGCCUCCCGCUGAGACCCACGUCUACACAGUGGAGGAUUUUGAUGCUUUUCAAAGAAUUUCAUUUGAACUCACCCAGUCUGUCUGCCUGAGGAUCGAGCAGGAGCUGGCUGCUAUAAGGAAAAAAUCUUAUGUCCCUGCAAAGAACAUGGUCUUUUCUGAUGUAACAUCUGACAGCUUCAAAGUGAGCUGGUCUCCAGCUGGGUCUGAAGUUUUGUCUUAUCUUAUCAAAUACAGAGUAGCAGUUGGUGGAGAAGAAUUCAUUGUUUCAGUACCAGCUUCAAGUACCAGCUCAGUUCUCACCAACUUGCUGCCUGAAACUACUUAUGCAGUCAGUGUGAUUUCUGAGUAUGAAGAUGGUGAUGGCCCUCCCUUGGAUGGAGAGGAAACCACCUUAGAAGUUAAAGGUGCUCCUCGGAACUUAAGGAUCACAGAUGAAACUACCGGUAGCUUUGUAAUUGGGUGGACUCCAGCACCGGGCAACGUUCUGCGCUACCGCCUCGUGUACAGACCACUGACAGGAGGAGAAAGGAGAGAAGUGACUGUCUCAGCAAAUGAAAGAUCAACUACUUUGCAGGACUUGAUCCCAGACACGAGAUAUGAAGUGUCUGUUGUUCCUGAGUAUCAGUCUGGGCCUGGGAAGUCGCUGAAUGGAUAUGCAAAAACUGACGAAGUCCGAGGAAAUCCAAGAAAUUUGAGAGUCUCUGAUGCUACAACAUCAACAAUGAAACUGUCUUGGGGUGCAGCUCCUGGCAAAGUGCAGCAGUACUUCAUAACAUACACUCCAGUCUCAGGAGGGGAAACCAAGGAAGUGACUGUGAAAGGUGACACCACCUCCAAAGUGCUGAAAGGCUUAGACCAAGCCACGAGGUAUGCCUUGACUGUGUCUGCCUUGUAUGCCUCUGGAGCAGGAGAGGCCCUUUCUGGAGAGGGAGAAACACUUGAAGAACGUGGCUCCCCACGGAAUUUGGUUACCACAGACAUAACUGACACUACGGUGGGGUUAUCAUGGACACCAGCUCCAGGAGCUGUCAAUGAUUAUAGGAUAGUGUGGAAAUCACUUUAUGAUGAUACCAUGGGAGAGAAGAGAGUCCCUGGAAAUACAGUGGAUGCUCUGCUAGAAGGCUUGGAGCCAGAAACAAAAUACAGGAUUUCAGUAUAUGCAACCUACAGCAGCGGAGAAGGAGACCCAGUAGAGGGAGAAGCUUUUACUGAUGUGUCAUCAGAUGCCAGGACUGUGACAGUAGACAACGAGACAGAAAACUCAAUGAGAGUUAGCUGGCAGCCUUCACCUGGGAAAGUCUUGUCCUACCGGGUGUACUACCGACCCCGGAGCGGAGGAAGGCAGAUGUUUGGCAGAGUGAACGCUCCAGCUACAAGCAUAGUCCUGAAGAGACUUAAGCCACGAACUACUUAUGACCUCAGUGUGGUUCCAAUUUAUGAUUUUGGACCAGGAAAAUCAAGGAAAGCAGAAGGAACAACAGCUUCUCCCUUUAAGCCUCCUCGAAAUCUAAGAACUUCUGAUUCAACUAUGUCAAGCUUCCGAGUAACCUGGGAGCCAGCCCCAGGAAGAGUGAAGGGGUACAAAGUCACUUUCCACCCUACUGAAGAUGAUGGCAGCCUUGGAGAGUUAAUAGUGGGGCCAUAUGACAGCACAGUGGUGUUGGAGGAGCUGAGGGCAGGAACUACCUAUAAGGUAAAUGUCUUUGGCAUGUUUGAUGGAGGAGAGAGCAACCCCCUGGUUGGACAAGAGAUGACCACCCUUUCAGAUACCACUACGGAGCCAUUUUUAUCUAGAGGUUUGGAAUGUAGAACCAGAGCAGAGGCUGAUAUCGUGCUGCUGGUGGACGGCUCAUGGAGCAUUGGCCGGCCCAAUUUUAAGACUGUCAGGAACUUCAUCGCUCGGAUCGUUGAGGUGUUUGACAUUGGCCCUGACAAAGUGCAGAUUGGUCUUGCACAGUACAGUGGAGAUCCCAGGACAGAAUGGAAUCUCAAUGCCUACCGAACCAAACAGGCUCUGUUGGAGGCUGUAGCCAACUUACCCUACAAAGGAGGCAAUACUCUAACAGGAAUGGCCUUGGAUUUCAUCUUGAAAAACAGUUUCAGACAAGAUGCUGGCUUAAGGCCCAGAGCUCGCAAAAUCGGUGUCCUCAUCACUGAUGGCAAAUCGCAGGAUGAUGUGGUCACCCCUUCAAGAAAGCUCAGGGAUGAGGGCGUGGAGCUUUACGCAAUUGGUAUCAAAAAUGCAGACGAGAAUGAGCUGAAGCAGAUUGCAACGGAUCCAGACGACAUCCACUCCUACAAUGUUGCAGAUUUCUCCUUCCUGACUAACAUUGUUGAUGAUGUAACCACAAACCUGUGUAACAGUGUGAAAGGUCCAGGUGAUUUGCCAUCUCCCUCUAACCUGGAGAUUUCAGAAGUGACACCUCGUUCCUUCAGACUGAGAUGGACUCCACCUCCUGAGAGUGUUGAUAGAUACAGAGUUGAAUAUUACCCUACCUCUGGAGGCAGCCCGCGACAGUUCUAUGUCAGCAGGAUGGAAACAACAACAGUUCUGAAGGACCUGAUGCCUGAGACAGAGUAUGUUGUGAAUGUGUUUUCUGUGGUGGAAGAUGAAAGCAGUGAACCUCUAAUCGGCAGGGAAACCACUUUGCCAAUCUCUUCAGUUAGAAACCUGAAUGUUUAUGACAUUGGAUCAACUUUCAUGCGAGUGAGAUGGGAACCUCUCAGCGGAGCUACUGGUUACUUGUUAACCUAUGAAGCUGUAAAUGCCACAGUCCCAACCAAGGAGAAAGAGAUGCGUGUUGGGCCAUCAAUGAAUGAGGUGCAGCUGGUAGAUCUCAUCCCCAACACUGAGUACACUCUGACAGCCUAUGUACUCUUUGGUGACAUCACCAGUGACCCACUCACCACCCAGGAAGUGACACUACCUUUGCCUGGACCCAGAGGCUUAAAGAUUCAGGAUGUUACUCACAGCAGCAUGACUGUCCUUUGGGAUCCUGCCCCAGGGAAAGUUCGGAAGUACAUCCUCAGAUACAAAAUAGCUGAGGAGGCUGAUGUGAAGGAGGUGGAACUUGACAGGCUCAAAACCAGCACCACUCUCUCUGACCUUUCUUCCCAAACACUGUACAAUGUAAAAGUUGUGGCUGUGUAUGAUGAAGGGGAAUCUCUGCCAGCAAAUGCAGAAGCUGUGACUCAGCCUGUACCAGCCCCAGUCAACCUCAGGAUCACAGAUAUAACCACCAAUAGCUUUAGAGGAACUUGGGACCAUGGAGCUCCAGAUGUCUCUCUCUAUAGAAUAACCUGGGGACCCUACGGAAGGCAGGAAAAACAGGAGACUAUCCUAAAUGGGGAUGAGAACAGUGUGGUCUUUGAAAAUUUGAAUCCAGAUACCAUGUAUGACAUCUCAGUUACUGCCAUCUACCCUGAUGAAUCAGAAAGUGAUGACCUCAUUGGCAGUGAACGAACAUUGCCCUUGGUACCUAUCACCACACAAGCCCCAAAGAGUGGCCCCCGAAACCUUCAGGUGUACAAUGCAACUUCCCACAGUUUGACUGUGAAGUGGGAUCCUGCCAGUGGUCGAGUGCAGCGAUACAGAAUCAUUUACCAGCCCAUCAAUGGGGAUGGCCCUGAACACUCGACUGUGGUUGGAGGGAGGCAGAACAGUGUGGUGAUCCAGAAGCUGCAGCCUGACACUCCAUAUGCUAUCACUGUGUCAUCCAUGUAUGCAGAUGGUGAAGGAGGACGAAUGACAGGACGAGGCAGGACCAAACCUCUCACUACUGUGAAGAACUUAGUGGUUUAUGACCCAACCACCAGUACUCUGAACAUCCGAUGGGAUCACGCAGAAGGAAGUCCUCGCCAGUAUAAAGUGUUCUACAGACCCACAGCUGGAGGUGCAGAAGAAAUGACCACAGUGCCAGGAAACACAAACUAUGUCAUCCUGAGGACUCUUGAACCCAACACACCUUACACUGUAACUGUGGUCCCAGUUUUCCCAGAAGGGGAUGGUGGACGUGUCUCUGACACUGGAAGAACUUUGGAGAGAGGAACACCAAGAAACAUCCAAGUUUACAAUCCCACACCAAACAGCAUGAAUGUCCGGUGGGAACCUGCUCCGGGUCCAGUGCAGCAAUAUAUAAUUAAUUACUCUCCACUCUCUGGCCCAAGGCCAUCAGAAUCUAUUGUGGUCCCAGGCACCACUCGUGACGUGACACUGGAGCGCUUGACUCCUGACACUGCUUACUCCAUCAGUGUUGUAGCUCGCUAUGCAGAUGGGGAAGGAAAUCCCAGCCAAGCACAGGGAAGAACAUUGCCUCGCAGUGGUCCAAGGAAUGUCAGAGUGUUUGAUGAGACCACAAACAGCCUUUCUGUGCAAUGGGACCAUGCUGAUGGGCCAGUCCAGCAGUACAGAAUCAUUUAUUCACCCACUGUGGGAGACCCUAUAGAUGAAUAUACAACAGUUCCUGGGAUAAGAAAUAAUGUGAUACUACAACCCCUGCAGUCAGACACUCCCUAUAAAAUCACUGUUGUGGCUGUAUACGAAGAUGGAGAUGGUGGACAACUGACUGGAAAUGGCAGAACUGCUGGCCUGCUUCCUCCUCAAAAUAUGUAUAUAACUGAUGAAUGGUACACAAGAUUCAGAGUGUCCUGGGAUCCUUCACCAUCCCCUGUUCUGGGCUAUAAAAUUGUGUACAAACCUGUGGGUUCAAAUGAGCCCAUGGAGGUGUUUGUGGGAGAAGUGACUUCCUACACUUUGCAUAAUCUGUCUCCCAGUACUACUUAUGAUGUGAAUGUUUAUGCCCAGUAUGAUUCUGGAAUGAGCAUACCUCUGACAGAUCAAGGCACUACAUUGUAUUUGAAUGUCACUGACCUAACGAGUUACAAAGUAGGUUGGGAUACUUUCUGCAUCCGUUGGUCACCUCAUCGGUCAGCAACCUCCUACAGACUGAAGCUGAACCCAGCUGAUGGUUCCAGAGGACAGGAAAUCACAAUCCGUGGAUCAGAAACAAGCCAUUGCUUUACUGGCCUCUCACCAGACACAGAGUACAAUGCCACUGUCUUUGUUCAGACCCCAAACCUUGAGGGACCUCCAGUCUCUAUGAGGGAGCACACAGUUCUCAAACCUACAGAGGCACCAACUCCACCCCCUACACCUCCUCCACCUCCCACGAUCCCUCCAGCUCGGGAUGUAUGCAGAGGUGCCAAAGCAGACAUAGUCUUCUUGACUGAUGCUUCCUGGAGUAUUGGUGAUGAUAACUUCAACAAAGUAGUGAAAUUUGUUUUUAACACAGUAGGAGCCUUUGACUUGAUUAAUCCUGCUGGAAUCCAGGUUUCAUUUGUGCAGUACAGUGAUGAGGCAAAAUCUGAAUUUAAGCUGAAUACCUUUGACGAUAAGGCCCAGGCCCUAGGAGCUCUUCAAAACAUUCAGUAUAGAGGAGGCAAUACAAGGACAGGCAAAGCCCUGACCUUUAUCAAGGAGAAGGUUUUGACUUGGGAGAGUGGCAUGAGGAGAGGUGUUCCCAAGGUACUGGUUGUUGUCACAGACGGUCGGUCUCAGGACGAGGUGAGGAAAGCAGCGACAGUCAUACAGCACUCUGGCUUCAGUGUUUUUGUGGUUGGUGUGGCUGAUGUGGAUUACAACGAGCUGGCAAAGAUCGCCAGCAAGCCCAGCGAGCGUCACGUGUUUAUUGUCGAUGACUUCGAUGCCUUUGAGAAGAUUCAAGAUAACCUUGUCACCUUUGUGUGUGAGACAGCUACCUCAACUUGUCCUCUCAUUUACUUGGAGGGAUACACUUCACCUGGUUUCAAGAUGCUGGAAUCUUACAACCUAACGGAGAAGCAUUUUGCUUCUGUACAAGGAGUGUCACUGGAAUCAGGCUCUUUCCCAAGCUAUGUAGCAUAUAAACUCCACAAAAAUGCCUUUGUCAGCCAGCCAAUACGGGAGAUUCACCCAGAGGGGCUGCCCCAGGCGUACACAAUCAUCCUCUUAUUCCGUCUGCUGCCCGAGACCCCCAACGAGCCCUUUGCAAUCUGGCAGAUUACAGACAGAGAUUACAAGCCCCAGGUUGGAGUUGUGCUUGACCCUGCCACCAAAGUCCUGUCAUUCUUUAACAAGGACACAAGGGGAGAGGUCCAAACUGUAACUUUUGAUAAUGAUGAAAUAAAGAAAAUCUUUUAUGGAAGCUUCCAUAAGGUCCAUAUUGUUGUAACUUCAUCAAAUAUAAAGAUUUACAUUGACUGCAGUGAAAUAGUGGAAAAACCAAUUAAGGAGGCUGGGAACAUCACAACUGAUGGCUAUGAAAUACUUGGGAAACUACUGAAAGGCGACAGGAGAUCAGCAACAUUAGAAAUCCAGAAUUUUGACAUUGUAUGCAGUCCAGUUUGGACCAGCAGAGACAGAUGCUGUGAUCUUCCUUCUAUGAGGGAUGAAGCAAAAUGCCCAGCCCUGCCAAAUGCUUGUACCUGUACUCAAGACAGUGUGGGACCUCCAGGACCUCCUGGACCAGCUGGUGGCCCAGGUGCUAAAGGUCCCCGAGGUGAAAGGGGUUUGACUGGAGCAUCUGGGCCACCUGGUCCUCGUGGUGAGACAGGUCCUCCUGGCCCUCAAGGUCCCCCAGGUCCACAGGGCCCCAAUGGGCUGUCAAUCCCAGGUGAACCGGGUCGUCAGGGAAUGAAGGGUGACGCUGGCCAGCCGGGACUGCCGGGGCGAUCGGGAACCCCAGGUUUGCCUGGUCCUCCUGGCCCAGUGGGACCUCCAGGAGAAAGGGGUUUCACAGGAAAAGAUGGCCCCACAGGUCCCAGAGGCCCACCAGGACCAGCGGGUGCCCCAGGAGUUCCAGGAGUUGCUGGUCCAAGUGGCAAACCAGGGAAGCCAGGAGACCGUGGGACACCAGGUGCACCUGGAAUGAAGGGAGAAAAAGGUGACAGAGGUGACAUUGCCUCUCAGAACAUGAUGAGAGCAGUGGCAAGACAAGUUUGUGAACAACUGAUCAAUGGUCAAAUGAGUCGCUUCAACCAAAUGCUGAACCAAAUCCCGAACGAUUAUUACUCAAACCGUAACCAGCCAGGGCCACCAGGACCACCUGGUCCCCCAGGAGCUUCUGGGACAAGAGGAGAGCCUGGACCUGGAGGAAGACCAGGAUUCCCAGGACCUCCUGGGGUGCAGGGACCACCUGGUGAAAGAGGAAUGCCUGGAGAGAAAGGAGAAAGAGGGACUGGAUCUCAAGGACCACGAGGUUUGCCAGGACCACCUGGUCCACAAGGAGAAUCUAGAACUGGUCCACCAGGCUCCACGGGAUCUCGAGGACCACCAGGGCCACCAGGUCGUCCUGGCAACGCUGGAAUUCGAGGGCCCCCAGGGCCCCCAGGAUAUUGUGAUUCAUCCCAGUGUGCCAGCAUCCCUUACAACGGCCAAGGAUUCCCAGAACCAUACGUGCCUGAAAGUGGACCCUAUCAGCCUGAAGGUGAACCCUUUGUAGUACCUAUGGAGUCAGAAAGGAGAGAGGACGAGUAUGAGGACUAUGGAGGUGAAAUGCAGUCACCAGAAUACCCUGAGCACAUGCGCUGGAAAAGAUCACUGGCGAGGAAAGCAAAGCCAAACCCCUAA